AUGGAUGGGUCAUCUACCAGCACGAUGAUUCAAUCCCCUGAGAGUCAAAGUCCACCACCAACACUAGAAUCGUGCUACGUGUGUUCGGAAGCGGAUUCCAGUAUCCUCGCCGCAUCGAUCCCGGGACCGCGGACCACCCCUCUAGCAGCGUCGACUGAUCUGAGAGUUCAAGAACAGAUUCCACAGAAGGAAGCAGCACCGCAAGAACACGAUACGGGCCUUUACAGGCCAAAUAUCUAUGAGCGCAGCAUAAUAAGUGGUCAGGCCAAAGCACAUCUCGGGCACCAAUAUUCGAACUACCAUGCACAGAGCAUUCAUUUCCAUGGCGAACACCAUCACGACUCGCCUGCAACUCACGGGAAGGGUGCAGACGGACUGAUCGAGCCCAAAGAAGACAUCAGGAUCAAUAAAUACUUCGAUGUACCCAAGACAGUGCACUCAUGUUACGUGGGCAGGGAAUCGGAGUCGGAAACGCUUGCUUCAGCGUUCUUUUCCAGAACAGAAGGCGCUCAAACCCAGCAAAGACGCUUCGUUAUCAGUGGGGUAGGUGGCUCCGGCAAGACGCAAUUCUGUUGUAAAUUCGCGCAUGACUACCAACAACGCUAUUGGGGCGUCUUCUGGGUGGACGGACGAAGUCACGAUCAUCUGAAGCAGACCCUAACGCAGAAUGUGGCAUCGAUCGCCGGCGUCGCCAAUAACCACAACGCAGCCUUGUCUUGGCUCUGCAAUCACCACGAUUCGCGAUGGCUCUUGAUCAUCGACAACGCUGAUGACCCCGAUAUGAACCUGUCCGACUAUUUCCCAAAAGGUGGCAAUGGCAACGUCUUGAUCACCACACGUAACCCCGAAUUCUCAAUUCUGGGCAACGUCGCGCCCAAAUGCCUUAAGUUCGCAGGCAUGAAAGAUAAUGAAGCGAGCAUGCUGCUACUCAAGACUGCUGACAUCGUGCCAUCUGCUUGGGAAGAAGUGAAGAAGCACGCUGGUCAGAUCGUGAAAACCUUGGGAUACCUGGCUUUGGCAAUCUCUGUUGCUGGGAGUGCUAUACGAAAAGGAGCGUGUAAAUUUCAGGAUUAUCUCACAUACUUCAACAACAAGAUCAAAGAGAGGCUCCAAUACAAUAAGCAAACAGGCGCUGUUGAUAAUUUUGAGCGAGAUAGGGAAGAUAGCGUCGAGGCGACCUUCGAUAUCAGUCUCAAGGCCAUCGAAACAGAAGGCACGCUGGCCUCACGCGACGCACUACAAUUUCUCAAGACUUUUGCGUUCCUACACUGCGAGAACGUUCGUUUCGACUUCAUCAAGCAGUGCGUGGAAUGCGCUGGACGAGAAAAAAGAGCUGAAUCCAAGAACAACAGUCUGGUGAAAACUGAACCACGGAGUUGGCGUCGUUGCGCGUUCGAGAAGCUACUAUGGCUGCUGACCCUGCCAGAGAAAGCUGCUGUCUCAACCAUACUGCCUGAUGUGCUUCGACAAGCAAGAGCCAAGCAGAAACUCGACAGCAGAGAUGAGGGUCGUGUCCGGGCCGCAAUGAGGCAAUUGACCCAGUAUUCCUUAGUGAUGUGGAACGAAAGAACGGACAGCUGGUCGAUGCAUCCUCUGGUCCACCAAUGGGCACGCUUCUCUAUCAACUCACAGAUAGGAGAACAGCACGUUUGGUGUGAAGCAGCUGCCACACUUGUCUCCAGUUGUGUUCUCAUUGGACCAAACGACGAGGAGCUCCUGAAGCAACUACUGCCUCAUGUGGACGAAGUCAGAAGAUCACAAGAAGAUCUUGCAAAACAAAUACUGGACAAGCGCUUGGCACGCGUGUCGCUACUACCCAUCUUCGACUCCAGCUUUAGUUCACAAAAGGCCAGGAUGUACGCCAAGUUCAGCUUGAUCUACGCCUAUAACGGCCUGUUUGAGAAAUCUGAGAAGCUGCAGACUGUUGUGCAACGAUUUACUGUGGCAGUUCUUGGCUUCGAAGACUCAAAGACCAGACAGAUCACCAUGGCUCUUGCGCGCACUUUGUGGCACCUCAGUCGUAGCAACGACGCAGCAAAAUUACUGGAAGUUCUGCUGGAAAACUGUAACAGAGUAUGCGGAGAAAAUCAUAGAGACACAUACAUCGCGAAACUACGACUGGCCGAAUCACGAAUACAGCAGGGUCGAGUGCCACAUGCUAAGCAACUUUGCGAGGAGGCUUUGACUGGGCUCGAGAGACUUGCCGGGCUCGAAGACGAAGAGACUCUGAAUACUAAGGACGUCCUGGCGGUCUCAAUCAUUCUGACUGGUACCCCGAACGCUGUCUCGAAAGCACAGCAGCUUCACCGUGAGACGUGGUCGGUGAGAGAACGUCUCUUGGGACCUGAAGACAUCAAAACUCUGGAAUCGCGACAAUAUUACUACACAACAACUUUCUGGAUGGGCGAUCAAGAGGAACACAAGAAAGCCGCGGAUGGUCUGCGAGAGAUCAUCGACAUCAGAAGAAGAAGGCAAGGGCGUGAGCACCCUUUGACUUUGCAAGCCAUGCUUUACCUCGCUCGCAUCUUAAUCGAGAUCGGGGAAUUCGAAGAGGCUCAAACGGUUUUUGAUCAAGGACUGCCAGUCGGAAAAAGAGAUUACGGCGAGAACCACAUCGCUGUCCUGUUCUGUCGAUACCUGUAUGCACGCUUAAAGGCUAGACAGGGAUUUUGGCGAGAGGCUCGAAACAUUCUCAUCGACGUCACUGAAAGGCAGAGGACCGCCUUGCAAGGCUGGGGAAGGUAUCACUACGAUAGAAUUGGUGCGCUACUCGAGCUCGCCAGAGCUCAUCACGAGCUGGGUGAGCAUGAAGAGUGUGAUCAGGCCGUGGAAGAAGCUAUCCGGGGGUUUGAGAGAAUCACCACCAACGUACAUCCAUGGCAUGAGAAGCUUAUGGCAGACUGGGAGGGUUGGAAGCGCACGCGAUCAUCCUUUGCACCAGUGGACCGGUCAGAGUGUGCAAAGGCUCAAGCAGUGCCCUUGUUCCCGCGAUCGACCAAGACAUGGCCUGAGUAG